AUGUGGGUCCCCGCAGUUGCGACGACAUUGAUCCACCUCCCCACAGCUUUCCUCACAACACAUGUGCGAGCAAUCAGCGCGCUACUAACCUCUAUUCUCCAAUUGACAUUCACCGGCCUUUUAUCUGGCGGUAUCUACAUUCACCAUGGCGACGCUGGCGCUGGACGAAGACGAGCUCAAGUCCGUGGAGCACACGGUCGCAAGGCUAGCCCAACUAUCCAGCAGCAUCCAGAGCCUAAAGAUGGACAUUCUAAAAAGCAAUCCCCUGCCGCACCCGUACGUCUCGCAGCGCCCAUCAUGUCCCAGAAACCUCACGUGCACGUAUAUUCACCCGCAGCGGGCAACAGUUCGUCCCUCCAGGCCUCUGCGCAGAUCCUGCAGCGCAACCUGCAGUCCGUCCUCGAGAGCCUCAACGACAACGCGGAGCUGUUUACGCGAAUGGUCAUCCACCCGUCGACCAACUACCCCGGCCGGACGCAGGAGAAUAUCCUGACGCAGUUGCUGCGCAAGAAGCUGGAGCCCGACGUGGAGGAGCUGGUUGCCGAGGGGCGCGAGACGGCGAGGCUCGCGACGCCAGAGGGGGUCGCGGAGCUGCAGGCGAUCUGGGACGAGCUGCGGGAGUGGACGCAGGGCCGGAUUGCGGCCUACGUGCGCGAUGAGGCGGGCGAUGUGUAUACCCGUGAGGAGAGGGAGGCAGGGGUGGACAGUGUUCGCACGGGGCUGAGGAGGGGUCUUGAUGAGAGCGACGAGGACGAGGACGAGGCGGAUGAGGAUGAGGACGAGGAUGAGGACGGUGAGGGGGGCGGCAAUAUGGUGCCCAGAGGGCCGGAGCCGGAGACGCUGUUGUGGUUUGGGGCGAGGGGGGACUUUGAGCUGCCGCGGAACGUCGAGUUUGAGCGCAAGAUGGGCGUGAAGAGGGGGCUGGAGGGUGUGAAUAUACCGCCUGAGAGAAUGGACGGUGUCGCUUCGUCUUAG